AUGGACGAUCAUCAAAAUAGUGAUUCUAGUAGUGAUGAAUUAUAUCAAUAAAUUAAAGCAUAAGUAUCAAAACAUUUCUAAAUAAAGCUUAAUCAAAUGGAAGAUGAAGAAAAGAGUUCAAGAAUUCUGAGCAAACAUGAAAUUAUUCCCAAAGUUUAAUUUACACCCCCAGAAUCCAGAGAAUAAAGAGAAAUCAAUUUUAAUUACAAACAUUCAAAUCAAACUAAAUUGAUUGGGAAAGUUGAAGCAAUCACUAAAGAAAAUAUCAUUAUUUAUUCCAAUCUAUUAGAAUUUGUUAUCAAUCUAGAUUAACUAUUAAUUAAUUAUAAAUAAGAGAUCUUAGGAAAAGUUGAUGAUGUUUUUGGCAAAGUCGAAAGACCUCAUUAUUCAAUUCUUUUGGAUGGAUAUGUUAAUAAUCUAAUUCUAACUAAUUAAUUAUAAAUUGGUGAUGAUGUAUACAUUAAUACAGAAAACACUUCUAUUCUUAAUUCAGAAGCUAUUAGAUAAUUACUUAAGUAAAUUCUUAUUUUAUGCUAAGCAAAAAAGGGUGUGAUGCUUCCAAUCAAUUUGAUGAAGAAAUACUGAACGAUUAAGAUGUCCAAUUUUCUGAUGAUGAAAUCGAAGCUAUGUCUAAAAGAAAAGGAAAUAAAGUAGAAGGAGAAAUCAAAAAAAAUAAUAAAAAAAAACAAUAAUCUCAUUAAUAAUUUAAUCAAGAAAAAUAAACUCUAAAUACUUAUUAGAAUGAUAAAAUCUAACUUACUGAUCAAUAAUAAUAAUAACAAAAUCAGUAAAUGAUAUCAUCAAUGUAAUAAUAGCAAUAAUAGCAAUAUUAUCAAUAAAUAUUUUAAUUAUAAUAGAAAUAAUUAAUGUAAUAGCAAUAAUAAUAUUAAUAAAUGAUACAAAAUUCAGAAUCUUUCCCAUAGCAAUAAUUUUAGCCUCCUUAAUAUGUAGAUUAAUCAUAUCCCUAACCUUCUUAAAUAACUCAAAACCCUCAUAUCAAUUUACUUUACAACUAAUCAUUAAUUAAUUAAUAGUUAGAUUAGAAUAUGAAUUCUCUUUUUUAAAAUAUAAAACCCUAAAACUAAUGA